ACCCGCUUCAGAACCCCUUCAACCCGCUUCAGAACCCUUCAACCCGCUUCAACCCGCUUCAGAACCCUUCAACCCCCUCAACCGGCUUCAGAACCCUACAACCCGCUUCAACCUGCUUCAGACCCGCUUCAGAACCCUUCAGACCCCCUUCAACCCCCUUUAACCCGCUUCAGACCCGCUUCAGAACCCUACAACCUGCUUCAACCCGCUUCAGACCCGCUACAGACCCGCUCUAGACUCAGAGGCACCAUGAGUGUGUGGUCUAACGGCUCCUCGGUGGAUCUCCUCGCCGGGACUGAGUCGCCUCCGCCGGGCUCUAACUCGUCGUCUAACCGCUCCGCCGGCUCUCUGCUCCAGCAUGACGCCGCCCCGCUGGACCUGCGCCGGGCGGUGCCGGUGGGCAUAGUGCUGGCCUCCUUCAUCCUGUUCGCCAUCGUGGGGAACAUCCUGGUCAUCCUGGCGGUGGUUUGUAACCGACACCUGCGCAGCCCGACCAACUACUUCAUCAUCAACCUGGCUAUAGCAGACCUGCUGCUGGGCACCACCGUGCUGCCGGUGUCCGCCACGCUGGAGGUUCUGGACUACUGGGUGUUUGGUCGGAUCUUCUGUGACGUCUGGGCGGCGGUGGACGUCCUGUGCUGCACGGCGUCUAUCAUGUCUCUGUGCGUCAUCUCCAUCGACCGCUACAUCGGCGUCCGCUACCCGCUGCAGUACCCGACGAUCGUCACCGAGAAGCGGGCGCUGCUCGCCAUGCUGGGCAUCUGGAUCCUCGCCACCGUCAUCUCCAUCGGCCCGCUGCUGGGCUGGAAACAGCCGCCAUCAGGGGACGACACCGUGUGUGUCAUCACCGAGGAACCGUUCUACGCCCUGUUCUCCUCGCUCGGGUCCUUCUACAUCCCUCUGGCCGUCAUCCUCGCCAUGUACUUCCGUGUCUACGUCGUGGCCAAACGCACCACCAAGAACCUGGCGGCGGGUAUGAUGAAGGAGCGUAUGGAAGACUCCAACGAGCUCACCCUGAGGAUCCACCGCAGGAGCCAGCAGGCCCAGGAGAUAGGCCCCGCCUCCUCGGCCGGACGCAGCUCGCUCACCGUCAAACUGCUCAAGUUCUCCCGAGAGAAGAAGGCCGCCAAGACGCUGGGCGUGGUGGUUGGCAUGUUCAUCCUCUGCUGGCUGCCCUUCUUCCUGGCUCUGCCCAUUGGUUCCUUCAACAGCAGUCUUCGUCCUCCUGAAACGUUCUUCAAAGUGAUCUUCUGGUUGGGAUACUUCAACAGCUGCCUGAACCCCAUCAUCUACCCCUGUUACAGCCGGGAGUUCAAACAGGCGUUCAUCCGGAUCCUUCGCUGUCGGUGGCGGCGGCGCCGUCAGGGCUGGCAGGCGUACUGUAACUACCGCGGCCAUCAGGGCUCCAACACCUCGUCCUUCCUGAACGGCAGCCAGCAGACGCUGUCCUCUGUCGGCGCCAGCCCGCGCUGCGUGGCCUCCAGGCUCCGCCCCCCGCCGGGCCCAUCCAACAGAGACAGAGACGUCCUCCCCAGGCUGGCGGGAAGGUGGCGGCCCACCCCGGUGUCCUCACUCGCCAAGGAUGCCGGGACGCCGCGAUGAUUGGUCGGCCUCGGGUGGCCACGCCCCCACCCUACCGCUGACAGGAAGUGGUUUUACAAACACGUGCCGGUGUCACCGCUGACAUCACGAGACGCUUCGUUUACUCACUCGUACAGGUGUGAUGACAGCAGCUUGAACCACCUGAUGGUUCUGAGAUCACAUGACAUCGACGUCACCUGACUGCUGAACCACUGAAGAGGAUCUGAAAUCAGUAAAUCAUCCUCAACAUUCACUGAAACCAUCUGACACGUUUCUCUCUGUAAAAUGUUUCACAAUAAGAGUUCCUCAUUUAAAAUUAAUACAAAUAAUCAUGAGAAAACGUUCUAGCUAAUUAUAGACGUUUUAUAUAUUUAGUUAUUGUUGUGUUAUUUAAUGGCGUUUAAUUAGUCUCACACAAAAACCAGGUGCACAGCAUGUGGGAGGGACGGGGACGGGGACAUUUAUUUAUUGUCAUGUAAAAAUAGUAUUUUGAUGAUUAAGAAAAACCUUUCUCGCUCGUUAGCGAGCGAGCUAACUCAAUUUAAACAGCUAAUUCCUGUUAGCUGGCUAGCUAGCUAAUGAAAGCUGAACCUAGCUUACUGGCUAAUAUUAGCGUAGCAUUUAUAAGAGCUUUAAUGUCUCUGACUGAACAUCUGUUUAGAGCUUUAAUGUCUCUGACUGAACAUCUGUUUAGAGCUUUAAUGUCUCUGACUGAACAUCUGUUUAGAGCUUUAAUAUCUCUGACUGAACAUCUGUUUAGAGCUUUAAUAUCUCUGACUGAACAUCUGUUUAGAGCUUUAAUAUCUCUGACUGAACAUCUGUUUAGAGCUUUAAUAUCUCUGACUGAACAUCUGUUUAGAGCUUUAAUAUCUCUGACUGAACAUCUGUUUAGAGCUUUAAUGUCUCUGACUGAACAUCUGUUUAGAGCUUUAAUGUCUCUGACUGAACAUCUGUUUAGAGCUUUAAUAUCUCUGACUGAACAUCUGUUUAGAGCUUUAAUGUCUCUGACUGAACAUCUGUUUAGAGCUUUAAUGUCUCUGACUGAACAUCUGUUUAGAGCUUUAAUAUCUCUGAC